AUGCCACUCGGUGCCACCCUUCUGCACGAGGCAGGAAGUGAUCCAGACAAAGAAACCAGUGUAAGGGUUCUUGCUAGACUAGACCAGAGGUAUAUCGCCAUCUGCCACCCGAUGAAGGCGCAGACAAUGUGCACCGUGUCUCGAGCCAAGCGCAUCGCUGCAUUUGUCUGGCUCCUCACCUCGCUGUACUGCAUGCUCUGGUUCUUCCUGGUGGACGUGGCAGCUAACAACAGCCAGCAGCUGGAGUGCGGCUACAAGGUCUCCCGCAACCUUUACCUGCCCAUCUACCUGCUCGACUUUGCCCUCUUCUUCAUCGCCCCUCUCCUGCUCACCACCGUUCUCUACGGCCUCAUUGGAAAAGCCCUCCUCCAGAGCCAUGCCCUGCACCGCCCCACUGCCCAAGGGGAAUGCUGGCGAGAGCGAAGCAACCAGGAGAAAAAUGGCACCGAGGCUGGCAGCUCAAGAACCAGAGUGCCCGUCUCUUCCAGGAAACAGGUCACCAAGAUGCUGGCUGUGGUGGUGGCCCUCUUCGCCCUGCUCUGGAUGCCCUACAGGACCCUGGUUUUGGUGAACUCCUUCGUGAAGCACCCCUACCUGGACCGCUGGUUUGUCCUCUUCUGCAGGAUCUGCAUCUACACCAACAGCGCCAUCAACCCCAUCAUCUACAACCUCAUGUCCCAGAAGUUCCGCCUGGCCUUCAAGAGGCUUUGCAAGUACAGGGAGGAGGAGCUUCAGCGGCAACGUAGCUUAUGCACAGCCGAUGGCAGCACCCGGAAGGCCGGCCCUACCGGCCAGCAGGGGAGCCUGGCUGGGACCCCCACACCAGCAGCUGCUCAAGAAACCCUGAGCCAGAAAGAGAAGGAGAUGCAGUUUAGCCUGCUUUGA